AUGAAGCUCUUCGCAAAGAAAUCGUCCAAGAAGCAAGGUCCGGACGAUAACGACCAACACCAAGAUUCGAGCUACUUCCCCCCCUCUGAGGCCUCUUCUCCUACGAAGUCGCCAACCAAGCCCCGAUCCCCCACCAAAUCGCCGACCAAGUCCCCCACCAAAAAAUCCUCCCAGCCUGCAUCCCCAGGCCCUCGGGAGACAAAGUCGUCGCGCACAUCCCGCACCUUUGGCCGCCACCCUACCGAUCCUGGCUCACGCAGGAGCAGCAAAAUCGACCUUGACUCCCACCCUCUCAACCUCCCUCCUGAAGAGCGUGCAAAGAGACUGUCCGCCUUGUCAGCCAUGAGUGGAAACGCCAUGGACAUCGACCGUGAGUCGAGCGCGGCCCCGUCAUCGCCUGCGACGGCCCCUGUUGCUGCUGCUGCUCCCACUGCGGCCCCCCAGCAAACCUCCGCCCAGCCCUCUUCCUCUUCCUCUACUCCCAAGCCCAAUGGCAUCAACACCAAUUUCAACGGUGACGGAGAUGCUCCUGCCCCUCCCCCUCACAAGUCCAACCCCUCCAGUCCAGUCCCCACCGCUGAGGAUGAGGCCGAGGCCUAUAAGGCUGCGGGCAACAAGUUUUUCAAGGAGAAGGACUACAAGAAUGCCAUUCUUCAGUACUCCAAGGCUAUUGAGUUGGUUCCCGACUCGGCCACCUACCUGAGCAACCGCGCUGCCGCCUACAUGUCCAAUACCCAGUACGAGUAUGCCCUCGAUGACUGCACCCGCGCUGCCGACCUGGACCCCGAGAACCCCAAGAUCCUUCUCCGACUUGCCCGCAUCUACACCAGCUUGGGUCAGCCCCAGGAGGCCCUGCUCGUCUUCGGUCGCAUCAACCCUCCCCCUUCGGCCAAGGACCAGGCUUCGGCCAAGGAAAUGCUGAAGCACGUCACCGCGGCCCAGAGCGCUCUCCGAGACGGAACUGCCGGCUCCAUGGUCCUCCAUGCCCUUGACCAGGCUGAGCGUCACCUGGGUUUCGGUGCCUCUAGACCUCGCAAGUGGCAACUCAUGCGGGGCGAGGCGUACCUUAAGAUGGGUAGCGUCAACGCCCUCGGCGAGGCCCAGAACCUCGCAAUGGCUCUGCUCAGGAGCAACAGCCAGGAUCCCGAGGCUCUGGUGCUCCGUGGCCGCGCCCUGUACGCCCAGGGCGAGAAUGACAAAGCUGUCAGCCACUUCCGCAAGGCCAUCAGCUGCGACCCCGACAUGAGGGAUGCAGUCAAGUGUCUCAGGAUCGUCCAGAAGCUGGACCGCAUGAAGGAGGAGGGCAAUUCGGACUACAAAAUGGGCCGCUGGCAGUCCGCCAUCGAGAAGUACAGCGCCGCGCUCGAGGUUGACCAAACCAACCGCGGCACCAACUCGAAGAUUCUGCAAAACAGAGCGCUGUGCAAAAUCAAACUGAAGGAUUACGACGGAGCCAUUGCUGAUUGCGAGCGCGCCAUCAGCUUGGACUCGACGUACCUCAAGGCCCGCAAGACCAAGGCCAACGCUUACGGCCAGGCAGGCAAGUGGGAAGAUGCCGUGCGGGAGUGGAAGUCGAUCCAAGAGCUCGACCCUGAGGACCGUACCAUCGCAAAGGAGGUGCGCAAGGCCGAGCUCGAGCUGAAGAAGAGCCAGCGCAAGGACUACUACAAGAUCCUCGGCGUUGAGAAGGACGCCGACGACAACCAGAUCAAGAAGGCCUACCGCAAGCUUGCCAUCAUCCACCACCCGGACAAGAACCCCAAUGACGAGCAGGCUGCCGAGCGCUUCAAGGAUAUCGGAGAAGCUUAUGAGACUCUGAGCGACUCUCAGAAGCGUGCUCGUUAUGACAGUGGCGAAGACCUCGUCGACCCGUCUGACAUGUUCAGCGGCGGCGGCGGUAUGGGUGGUAUGGGCGGCAUGGGUGGCAUGCAUGGCGGCAUCGACCCCGAGAUCCUCUUCAACAUGAUGGGUGGUGGCGGUGGAUUCGGCGGCGGCGGCGGCGGCGGCUUCAACGGGGGCGGUUUCCCCGGUGGAGGCGGCGCACAAUUCAACUUCGCUGACGGAGGUGGCCGUCCCCGCGGGGGUGGUGCCGGCUUCGGCGGCCGCGGCUUCAACUUCUCGACCUGA